ACCUUUUCUCUCUUCUUGUCUCUCCCUUCCCAAAACUUCUCACCAUUUCGCUCAUCAUUAAAAUCUCUUUCACGAUCAAGUUUUCUCUCCCCUGCGUGUGAUCCUAGUACCGUGUAAAUGGGAUCGCCGCCCAAGUUCAUGGGCCUCUCCGGCCGAGCCCUGCGGAUUGCCCAGGUUGCAUACAUCGUCGCUCCGUCGUUCAUCCUCUUCGGUUACAACCAGGCCGGCCUGGGUCCGUUGAGCGGCCUCCAAAGCUGGGUUCACAUGUUCCCCCAGAUCGACACUGUCAACACCUCGGGCGCGCUUGAAGCACACAACUCGACCAGCAAGGGGGCUGUGGUCGCCGCAUUCCAGUGCGGCGCCUUGUUUGGCGCUCUCUCCUGUGUCUACCUGGGUGACUGGCUGGGCCGCCGCAAGACCAUCUUCAUCGGUGCCAUCCUCAGCAUCAUCGGUCAGGUCUUGCAAACCGCUGCGUACAGCCUGGUCCAGUUCACUGUCGGCCGUGUCAUCCUAGGGUUUGGUAUCGGGCAGUUCAGUGUCGCUGUGCCCGUGUGGCAGUCGGAAUGCUCGGCAGCAAAGAAUCGCGGCCGCCACGUCGUCGCAGACGGAAUCUUCAUGUGUUUGGGGUUCGCCCUCUGCAACUGGAUCGACUUCGCCUGCAGCAAAAUCCACUACAGUAAUCUGCAAUGGAGGAUCCCGCUGGCCAUCUCGCUGUCUGGCUCCCUCCUCAUUCUCUUCACGGUCUUCCUGCUCCCGGAAUCACCGCGAUGGCUCGUUCGCGUCAACCGCAUUGAAGAAGCGUCCCGUAACCUUGCCGCCAUCCGCGGGGUUCCAGAGGAGGACGAGAGCAUCCGUAAUGAGAUCGCGGGUAUCGAAUCGUCCUUGGAAUUGACGGCCAACAGCGCCUCGUUGAUGGAAAUGUUCUCCAAGAACGACGAGGAACGCCUGCUGUACCGUUUCUGCCUCUGCGUUGGCCUGCAAUUCUUCCAGCAAAUGUGCGGAGGUAACCUCAUCUCGGUGUACGCAUCGACGAUCUUCAAAGAGAACCUGGGCAUGAGCUCCGAAAUGUCCAGCAUCCUCGCCGCAUGCGCCCUGACAUGGAAAUUUCUCUGCAGCUUCAUGGCCUUCUAUUCCAUCGACCGACUCGGCCGCCGGUUUAUCUUCAUGGUCAGCGGCACAGGCAUGUGCCUGUGCAUGACCGCUCUGGCCAUCACUACCAGCUUCGGCUCCGAGAACAAAGCCGCCUCCAUCGCUUCGGUGGUGUUCAUCUUUCUCUUCAACGCCUUCUAUCCCCUCGGCUUCCUGGGCGGCAACUUUCUGUACUGCACCGAAGUCGCGCCCGUGCGCCUUCGCGUGGCCAUGUCCGCCAUUUCCACCGCCAACCACUGGCUGUGGAAUUUCGUCGUCGUGAUGAUCACCCCGGUCGCCCUCGACACGAUCGGCUACCAGUACUAUAUCAUGUACGCCAUCCUUUCCGCCUGUAUCCCCGCCAUGGUCUUCUUCUUCUUCCCGGAAACCAUGAACCGUAACCUGGAACUGCUCAACCAUGUCUUCCGUGAUGCUCCGUCGCCCUGGAGCAUCGUAUCCAUGGCCAAACAGCUGCCAGAGGGAGACGUUACCGAAGCAGAGCUCGCGGAGAUGACCAAGAACGGCAAGUUGGAUGCCGGGGGCUUUUGCGAGCAGAAGGAGUCGGUUUAAUCCGCCGUCACUCAAUCCCCAUGUUAGGGACUCAUAAUCUCAUCUAGCGACAGCUCCCGGGAGCCUGCCUUUUGAUGAAUAACGCCCAUCUGUUUUAAAUAGUUAUCAUGAUCAGUAAAUAGUUCAACUCAGUGCAUUUUUUCAAGAACGUUCGAUCACCCGUAGCGGCGAGCUAGAAUUCGUCAAGCUCUUGAUAGCAAGCCAAGGGAGCAAAUUUUCAACGACAGUUGAUACGAUAUGAAGGAUUAGACCUGUUCAUAUCUC